AUGCAAGGACAAGGCCAAUCCCAUCCACGAGGACUACAAGAACCAUUUUUUGUACAAAGAAAACCUUCAGCUUGUCAAGCUCGGGAUCCUAGGCGAGAGACUAUUGAUGCCUACUCUACAAAAUGCCGCGAUAGAUGCUCUGGAGAAGAUAGUGAACAAUGCUUUCUUCACCCUGUCACACCAUUACAAGUAUGUUUACGAGCAUACUUUACCCGGCUCCGCCCUUAGACGGUAUAUCGUGGAACAGCUCAUUGUAUAUUUCGUCGCGGAGGAUUGGUUAGACAAUCUCAAGAACCACUUGCCACCUGAUAUGCUUUCCGACAUCUUCAAGUCCUACAAAACCAGAUUUCCUCUUCUAAAAUCAAAAGACCAUCCGCCACAUCAGACGUUAAUCAACACGAAGGACUUUCACGUCCCUGUUGAAGGUGUUAACCAAGGCCAGGAAGCAUAG